AUGGCUACCCCUCAACGGCAAACCCCUCCGAUCGAGGAACUUCGCCAAUUCUAUGUUGGCAAAAGCAUCCAUGGUGUUCCCAAGCCCGCGGUCAUCCUAGACAGAGCUAGGGUGACUCGUCAUUGCCAGUCCAUGCUCAAGGCUGUUAAUACUCUUGAUCUUGGGUUUCGCGCACACGUCAAGACUCAUAAAACGAUAGAGGCAACACGUCUUCAAAUUGGCCAGGGAAGCGGUGAUGUCAAGCUCAUUGUCUCAACCCUAGCAGAGAUCGAGCAUCUUCUACCUCUCCUCAAGGAAUUCAAAGAUGCCGGUCGUCGUCUAGAUAUCCUCUACGGCCUUCCUCUACCCCGCUCGCAAAUCCCAAGGUUGGCGAAAGUUGGUUUAGAGUUAGGGCAAGGAAGUAUCUCUGUUCUCAUAGAUCACCCAUCGCAGCUCGACUCUGUGAAGGCGUUCUCGCUGCAUGCCAAGUUUCCCGCAAGAGUGUUUCUGAAGGUCGACACGGGAUAUCAUCGCGCAGGUCUACCACCAUCUGCUAUGAACAAGAAUGGUCUGAUCGAGGCACUUGCAGAGCUUGAAGCUAACAGGGAGGCUGAUUUGCUUGGACUGUACUCCCAUAGUAGUCUAAGUUACAAGGACACGACAGCUGAACAGGCUAUGGCGAAUCUUGAAGGGGAGAUCCAAGGAUGUCUUGAUGCAGUCAAUGCGCACACUCAUCUGUUCGCCAAGGAUAAGGAGCUAGUCAUCAGUGUUGGAGCCUCGCCCCAGGUCACAGCCAUUGAGAAUCUGGUGACAUCACAAGGGGACUUGUCGCCAGCAGCUGAGUCUCUACGCAAGUCCAUCCAAGUUGUCACAACCGGGAAGCCAGGCGGACUUCAGACCAACCUUGAGCUCCAUGCGGGUGUUUACUCUAUCCUCGACAUGCAACAAGUCUCAACUAACUCGAGGAGAGAAUUGGGAUCCAUUGAGGACGAAAUUGCUAUCUCAAUCAUCGCCGAAGUAUGCAGUGUCUAUAAUGACAAAGAGAGAUCGCAACCUGAGGCUCUCGUCGCGGUUGGAUGCCUCGGACUCGGUCGUGAACCUUGCGCUGCGUACCCAGGUUGGGGUGUUAUUAGUCAAUCUUCUUAUACCGCAGCGUCCGACAAGGGAAGGCGAUUGAUCAUUGACAGGAUCAGCCAGGAACAUUCAAUCGCGGCUUGGGAGCAUGGUGAGAAUGAGGAUACUUCUACCUUAUCACCCGUUCCUCUGGAGGUUGGACAAGAUGUCAUCAUCUUUCCGAACCAUGCUUGCGUUGCGGGAGCAUUAUAUGGAUGGUAUCUGGUUGUCGACUCUUCGGAGGGAGAUGCGACAAACAUUGUUGACGUAUGGGUUAGAGCUAGCGGCUGGUAG